CUUUAUUUAUUCUUCCAGCACUUUCAGAAACUUGUUUGAAUUCCAAUGACAGUGGGACAAAGAAAGCCCUCCAUUCAACCUAGACCCACAAAGGCAUCUAUGCUAAGAACUCAAAAGCAGCCAACUCCUUCUACGCCAUCACCUGCUGAACCCAAGACUCCAAAAACUACGCCAGUAAGCAAGAGCACUGUAAAGUCAGCCGGACCAACGGAAGGAGUGAAGACGUUUAUGGCACAACAACGUGCACGAUUGGCAGUUGUAAAGCAACCUAGUGGCCGCCAAGAAGAGGAGCCUCAAGUUGUUCCAAAGAGCAGCAAAGUGAUGACAGGUGCUCAGAGGUACGGAAGCUCAAGUGCUACAGAAAAGUCUACAGUGGCACCAAGAAGACUGGAUGUAGUCAUCAAACAGGCAAAGGGUUCAGGAAAAUUAAACAUAUCCAGCAGAAAUCUGGACAAGAUACCAGAUGAAGUGAUAAAUAUGUAUCAUGUUGAUCCCAACUCCGUUGUCGUAGACUUUAGCUCUUCAGGGGAUGCAUGGUAUGAUGUCGAGGAACUUACGAAACUCAUUGCUGGAGAUAAUCAGAUUACAGAAAUUGAUGAAAGGCUUGGAAAAGAAUUCGCUGCUCUAAAGCUGAUUGAUUUUAGGGUAAACAAGUUAAAAAGCUUGCCUGAUACGAUUGAACUAUUACAAAACCUGACGUCAGUAUCGCUCCCAUACAAUGAAUUCGAAGACGUACCCAGCGUGCUUUUAAAGUUGAAGAACCUUAAAGAACUCGACAUGUCACAUAAUCAUUUACACCAGGUAUCCUUGCCUGAUACAUCAGAGUCUAGUAUUGAGCAUCUGGAUCUAAGCCAUAAUACCAUCAAAGAUAUCCAUAUACCAAAUGAUACAGCUGUUAAAAGCCUCGUCAAACUUAAUUUAAGUCAUAACAAAAUCGAGCAGCUUCCUGAAGCUAUUCUUCAUGCUACAAAGCUUCAAGAAUUACAAGUUGGCCAAAACAGACUACGGGUUUUAUUCAAAGGAGAAAUUACGUUGCCAUCACUCGUACGCUUGCAUGCCAGUGAUAACCAACUAACACAAAUUUCAACAGGCAGUAUUGACCUUCCAAAACUAGUUGAAGUGUCUUUAGGAAACAACAGGAUGACAGAAGAGGGUAUGAUACAUCUUCGUGGAGCCCCCAACAUCUUAACAUUAGAUAUAUCAUCCAACAAGCUACAAGACAUUCCUUUGGCUGCAAUUGUCUGUUUGACCCAUUUACAACGUCUUGAUAUCAGGGCAAAUGAUAUACACCAGCUACCUUGUGAAUUGGGACAGUUUGAGGAAUUAAAAACGAUCCAUCUUGAAGGAAAUCCUAUGCGUGUUACUUCUUCCAUGACCCAUUUAAUCGAGUCAUUAAGAAGUAAAUUCAAGAGCCAACAGCAAGAAAACAAGUUAAAUGAACAAGCUGAUAAUUCUAUUGAUGAUGAUGAUGAUGCAGCAUUCGAUAAGGACAAGAAUGAAAAAGAUAUGAAUGAUACACAAUCACGAAAACAGAAAGUGGAUAUAGCCAAGAAACUAAUCAUGUCAAACAAGCAGUUAAAGGAGCUACCAGAAGAAGAUCUUGAUUUCUCAAAUCAGACAAUACCAGGCACCGUGUUGUUAGACCAUAACUUGCUUUCUACUAUUCCCUCCAGCUUGGGCUGCAUUUCAGAGUUCCUGGUCAAGAUUGAUCUGGACUAUAACUGUAUUGAACAGUUUAGUUUGACGAUUGAAGGGAUGGUAUUUCCUAACCUGAAAUCCUUAAAGUUAUCCCAGAAUCGUAUGAAACAAUUAACUGCUAAUGGUGAAAGCAGCUUUCCUCAUCUUGAAGAAUUGGUGCUAAAUAAUAAUUUGCUUACCAGUCUUCCAGAUAAUAUGGCAUCCAUUCUACCAGAACUCAAGAUACUCUCUAUAAGCUCCAACAAGUUGGAUAAUAUUUCUAUUGACAUGUUUGGGAAGAAACUGGAAAUUUUGAACCUUUCCAACAAUGAUAUUGGGUAUCUUCCUCCUGAGCUGUCAACAAUCACAACCUUGAAAGAGCUCACGGUAUUUGGCAACAGAUUCAGGGUCCCUCGUCCUGCCAUCGUCGAUCAGGGGACACGAGCCGUUCUUGAAUUCUUGAGGCAUCGAGUAAGAAAUUAAGUCUACGAGGAAAAAUAUUCUUUCUAGAGUGUCGUUUUGAUCGAUAAUAAAGCAUUUGGAGAUAUUCAUUUUUUAACAGUGCAUUUAAAGGGAAAGAAAGGGCUUGUUUUCAAUCCCC